GAAGAGAGACAAACAAUGCGUGAAUGUAUCUCUAUUCAUGUGGGCCAAGCUGGGGCUCAGAUUGGUAAUGCAUGUUGGGAGCUGUACUGCCUGGAACAUGGGAUCCAGCCAGAUGGACAGAUGCCCUCUGACAAGACAAUUGGAGGAGGAGAUGACUCAUUCAACACCUUCUUCAGUGAGACAGGGGCAGGAAAGCAUGUUCCAAGAGCCAUUUUCGUUGACCUGGAACCUACUGUCAUAGAUGAGGUACGUACAGGAACUUACCGUCAGCUCUUCCAUCCUGAGCAAUUGAUCACAGGGAAGGAAGAUGCUGCCAACAACUAUGCCCGUGGACACUACACCAUCGGCAAGGAGAUCAUAGAUCUUGUCCUAGACAGGACACGGAAACUGGCUGAUCAGUGCACUGGUCUGCAAGGUUUUCUCAUCUUCCACUCUUUUGGUGGAGGCACCGGCUCUGGUUUCACCUCACUGCUGAUGGAGAGACUCUCUGUCGAUUAUGGGAAAAAGUCUAAGCUGGAGUUUGCCAUCUACCCAGCACCUCAGGUUUCCACAGCAGUAGUGGAGCCUUACAACUCCAUCCUGACCACCCACACCACCUUGGAGCACUCUGACUGUGCCUUCAUGGUGGACAAUGAGGCCAUCUAUGACAUCUGCCGCAGAAACCUUGAUAUUGAGCGCCCCUCCUAUACCAAUCUCAACCGCCUCAUCAGUCAGAUUGUGUCUUCCAUCACAGCUUCCCUUCGCUUCGAUGGAGCCCUGAAUGUUGACCUGACAGAGUUCCAGACCAACUUGGUGCCCUACCCUCGUAUCCACUUCCCUCUGGCCACCUAUGCCCCGGUCAUCUCUGCUGAGAAAGCCUACCAUGAGCAGCUGUCUGUAGCUGACAUCACCAAUACUUGCUUUGAGCCAGCCAGUCAGAUGGUGAAAUGCGACCCACGUCGUGGUAAAUACAUGGCCUGCUGUCUGCUGUAUCGUGGUGAUGUGGUUCCCAAAGAUGUCAACUCUGCUAUUGCUGCCAUCAAAACCAAACGCACCAUCCAGUUUGUGGACUGGUGUCCCACAGGCUUUAAGGUGGGCAUCAACUACCAGCCUCCAACUGUGGUUCCUGGUGGAGACCUGGCGAAGGUGCAGAGAGCUGUGUGCAUGCUGAGCAACACCACAGCCAUCGCUGAAGCCUGGGCCCGACUGGACCACAAGUUUGACCUGAUGUAUGCCAAGAGGGCCUUUGUGCACUGGUAUGUUGGGGAGGGCAUGGAGGAAGGAGAGUUCUCAGAGGCCAGGGAAGAUAUGGCUGCUCUGGAGAAGGAUUAUGAAGAGGUGGGCACUGACAAUGUGGAAGAUGAGAAUGAUGGAGAGGAAUACUGAGUUGGUAAAGUUUUUACUAAAGGCAAAAUUAAUAGAUUAAUAGAUUUCUUCUUUAACAGUGGGGGUUUUCAGGCUGUUUUAGUGAGUGAAAAUGCAACAAAUGUAUUAACAUACCACCAAAAACUAUAGUGAAUCUAAAAAAAAAUGAAAUACAACAAAAUUCUCUUUGCUUUUCUGUUGGGCUGAGGAACUUAAACCACACCCUCUCCUCUGUACACCUCCCCCUCUGCAGUAUACUCUUCCAUGAGGAAUUUAAGUUAUGAAAGAGCUCCUAUGUCAGUUUCUAACAUACCAUUCAGCUGUGACUCUGUGAGAACUAGAAAAAAACUGACAUACUGGCUGGCUUGUGUUGUUUGUGUAGCUCAUAUUAAAACAGCAGCCAGCCGAAACAAUAGGAUCCCAGUUCACUUAUGCAUGAAUCACGGCUCUGUCAUCCGAACAGGGCAGCUUGAAAGCCUCUCCAAAAGGAGAACAAAUUCAGAAAACUGGCUCAGACAUUUGUUGAAAAAAACUUCCCCUUUUUUUAUUUGUUAAAUGUGUACUCUAAUACUGUUUGCAUGUUCUGAAUUACACAGCUAUACUAAAACGUGCCAUAUGAUUUCAUACAAUUUGUGUCAUCUUAUUGCAUUAUUUGUAAGGACUUUCCCAAUGCUUUUCUUUUAAUAAAGUACCUGCCUUUUAAAUUUGAUGAUCAGAAUAAAGCCUUUCUUCUAGUCCAGA